GCUUUCUCACACUUCUUCGGAACUGUCUUCUUCUCCAUCAUGAGUGUCGUCGCUGCAGCACCCGCCUCUCUCGGAUUCCAUGCUCCUGGUCUUAUCACCGGUACCAUCAUCUUUGCCGUAUUGGGAGUGGUGUUCACUUUCGUGGCCCCCAUCCUGUUUGCUAAGGAGACCCCCAAGAUUACUAAGGGCGAGAGCACUAGACUCUCCAUUCUUCUUGUGUGGCUCACGACCAUUUGCAUGUGGAUGUUUUGGGCAUUCGUCUACAUGCACCAGAUGGUACCUCUCAUGAGUCCCAUCCGAAAGAAUCCUCUUCUGGAUUAAUUCUAGAAGAUGCACCAGUUGCUGCCAAUCCCUCCAUCAUGCCUGCUGUUGACCAUCAUCGUUCACAAGAUAACCUCAAUAGUGGUUUUCUUUGGCCUUUGUGGUCGUCCACGAACAAUUUCGUUUAUACCCACAUCUUAGUUGCGCUGCCGACGCUCUCGAUUCAUACGACCGUUGAUACAGUUGUGACAAUUUUGUGAUGCAGUGCUGUGGUGAUGAGGUAUGGUGUGUAUUCCUCUGCUCUAUGAGUGAGUAGUACUAAAGCAACAUCACUGUCGAUACUAUGACGGUAGUGAGGGCCUUCAGUAUCGUACUAUUCCUGUGUGGUAGCAUUGUGGUCUGCCU